AUGCCCAGUCGCGGCCGCAAGAAGAACACCAGCUUCAGAGCCAAACAUCACCGAACCAUGUCGAGUCAGAAUAGCAUCAAGUCAGCUGUGGUCAGAAAUUGCGUGCGCGAGUACGACAGCCCCGACAGCCUCGACAGUUCCGACGGCGAUGUCUCCUCGACCACCCCCUGUACGUCCGCAUCGAGUACCACCACCACUACUGCCACCACCUCAGCUCCUACACCCACCAAAAGGACAAAUAGAAAGAAUAUGGCUGCUCGCAAAGCAUCGUCGCCAAUGGCGCCCGCCUUUAUGGUGUCAGCCCCCGGAAAGGUCAUCGUCUACGGCGAACAUGCAGUCGUUCACGGCAAGGCAGCCAUGGCAGCGGCUAUUUCGCUGCGGUCUUACCUGCACGUCACGACGCUUUCGAAAUCGCAUCACGCAGUCACAUUGAAUUUUAGGGAUAUCGGGCUGGAUCAUACGUGGGACAUCGACUCGCUACCCUGGGACCUCUUCCACCACCCGUCCAAGAAGAAGUUCUAUUACGACCUGGUCACCACGCUGGACCCCGAACUCCUCGAUGCGGUUAAGCCACACGCCGAAGCCGUCUCACUGGGUAGACCAGAUGAGCAGCGCAAGAUCCACGUCCGCUCCGCUACUUCCUUCCUCUACCUUUUCCUCUCCCUUGGGUCGCCGCAGAGCCCCGGCGCCGUGUACACCAUGCGAUCGACUAUCCCGAUAGGCGCGGGUUUGGGAAGCAGCGCCAGCGUGUGCGUGUGUCUGAGUGCGGCGCUGUUAACCCAGAUCCGCGCCCUGGCCGGCCCGCAUCCCGAUCAACCGUCCGACGAGGCAGAGGUGCAGAUCGAGCGCAUCAACCGCUGGUCGUUUGUGGGUGAGAUGUGCAUACACGGGAACCCCAGUGGGGUGGACAACACAGUUGCAGCAGGCGGAAAGGCAUUGCUCUACAGGAGGGGUGACCCGCCCAUGGUAACCCCAGUGCCCAACUUCCCCGAGGCGCGGUUGUUGCUUGUGAACACCAAGCAAAGCCGUUCAACUCUGACAGAAGUAGCCAAGGUGGGCAAGUUGAAGGCAGAGCACCCAUUGGUAACAGACACAAUACUCGACGCCAUUGACAAGGUCACCGAUGCUGCACACCAGCUCAUCUGCGAUCAGAAGGACAAGGGCGAGAUCCUGGAGGCCCUGGGCACACUUUUCCGCAUCAACCAUGGCCUCCUCCUCUCGCUGGGCGUGUCGCAUCCUCGACUUGAACGGAUCCGCGAGCUCGUCGGCGACCUUGGCUGGACGAAACUCACUGGUGCAGGAGGCGGUGGAUGUGCCAUUACGCUUGUCCGCCCAGACGUGAAAGAAGAGUCACUACAGGAUCUCGAGACCCAGUUAAAUGCAGAGGGAUUCGAAAAAUACGAGACCACUCUGGGCGGCGACGGCAUCGGAGUCUUAUGGCCAGCAGUCCUCCGCAACGGCACCGACGAGGAAGGCGGCGAGGAGAUUGACCAGCAGAAAUUCGAAAACGCCAUCGGGACGGACGGAAUUGACCGCCUCGUCGGUGUUGGAGGUGGCGAUGAGCGGCGUGAGGGAUGGAAGUUCUGGAAGAGGGCGUCGGCGUCGGCGUCGGCGUCGCCGUUUCCUUGA